AUGCGUCUGCGACAUAGGAUUUUCUCAACCUGGCCCUGGAAGUCGGGUGAUAUUAGGGAUUCGGACGUUGAAGGCGGUUUGAAGCGCGCCCGAAAGUUGUCGGAUUCAUCACGAGACGGUAAGUAAUUUGAGGUUUAAGUAACAGUAAACAUUUUCAGAGAAGCUUAGUUAACUCUAAAAAUUUUUAGCCAAUAAUUUUUAUUUUUAGCUUCUGUCUAUUUUUAUUGCCCAAAUGUCAGAAGUUUGACCUAAAAUUAUACAUUCUAGAAAGUUUUACCAUUUUUAAUCUCGUUUUACAAUAUAAGUGUUUAAGAAAUUACCCAGUCUUCCGAAGACUUCGCGAGGAUCUCAAGAAUGAAAUCGAGCAUUGAAUCCACCGAAGCUCAAUUUUCUGAAGCUUCAAAAGCCAAACGGAACAAAAAGAAGAAACAGGAAGAUCAGACUACUGACCUGGAGAAAUCUACUUCGUUGUCGGACCUCACAAGUGAUUCCACAGAAGAAACACACUGUAAUGUGGAUUCAGAAUCGGACGAAGAGCUAUAUUCGGAUUCUGACAGUCGUCUGAAUGCAGGACGUACUAGUUCCGACACAAACUAUAAUGAGCACUCUGAUACCUUUAAAGAAGUGUCGACAGCUGAGGAAAAGUCUUUGAGUAUUGUUGUAGUAGGUAACGAUGCUUCCAGAGGUCAUUGGAACGGUAUUUGGGACUUCUUGAUGAGCAUGAUCUCGUACUCGGUCGGAUUAGCAAAUGUAUGGCGCUUCCCAUAUUUAUGCUAUAGAAAUGGUGGCGGUAAGUUAAUAGAACUACAGCUUUUAAAUUUUUCUAAAUUGACAAAAAAGUUUUAAAUUUUCUAAAAUUAGCUAAAUAAUGAGUUUAGAUAACAAAACUCUUACCAUAUUUAAUUUCAGGUGCUUUCUGGCUAGCCUACAUGGUCUUCCUUCUCCUCAGCGCCAUUCCAGUAUUCCUGAUGGAAGUCAUCGUUGGUCAAUACCUCCAAAAAGGUGCCAUGGAAAUGUGGAAAUUGGCCCCAUUAUUCUCAGGCGUCGGCUACGGUAACAUUGUCAUCUCGGCCAUGUGUGUAUGGUACUUCUGCGUCAUUAUAUCAUGGGCCGCUUUCUAUAUGAUCCAAUCUGUCCGCUCGGAAUUUCCAUGGGAAACCUGCGAGCAUGAAUGGAAUACCAAUUGGUGUACAUCUGGAAAUGAUACCGAAAAAGUGAUAAGUCUGAUGAAUUCAACUGGUUAUAACGAAACAGAAGUCAGGGCUAGAUUACAAACGGCAGUGGAACAGUACUGGGAGUAAGUUUUUUGAAAAUAUGCGCAAAAUCAUUUAAAAAAAUGGUUUUGUUACCUAAACUCAAACAAAGGUUAUUUGCUAGCUAAAACCAAAAAAAAUAUUAUUUCGUUCACUUAAAAUCAAAAACCCUAACUUAUUGUUACCUAAAAUCUAAAAAUAUCGAAUAAAAACGAAUUUUUUUUUAAAAUGCAACAAAUCUUGUGUAAAUCACAUAAAAACAAGAUACGACCCGAAAAUCCCGUAAACUGCAUCAAGCAAGAUAAAUCGAUCAAAAUACUUUUCAAGCCAAGGCUCAAAAACAAAAAUAUUUUUUCAAGAAAUUCCAAGUUACUAGUCCCAACCUGACAGCAACAUCCGCAGGCCGCGAAAUCAAAAAACCCGCGAAAAGGCCCCUUUUGAUUUCUCCUUUCACCGACCAAAACAAGGUCUUCAAAAUCCUUUUCACGAUCGAGCCAAAAGUCUCAAAAUGCGAUCGAAGGCCCAAAAAAAGAAAUAUUUCUUUCAAGAAAGUCCAAGUUACUAGUCCCAACCUGCCAACAACAUCCGCAAGCCGCGAAAUCGAGAAACCCGCGAAAAACACCCUUUGAUUUCUCCUUUUAUUGUCCCUCAAAAUCCUUUCGAAGAUCGAGCCAAAAAUCUCCAAAUUCGAUCAAACGCCCAAAAAAGAAAUAUUUCUUCAAGAAAUUCCGAGUUAUUAGUCCCAACCUGACAGCAACAUCCGCAGGCCGCGAAAUCAAAAAACCCGCGAAAAGGCCCCUUUUGAUUUCUCCUUUCACCGACCAAAAACAAGGUCUUCAAAAUCCUUUUCACGAUCGAGCCAAAAGUCUCAAAAUGCGAUCGAAGGCCCAAAAAAAGAAAUAUUUCUUUCAAGAAAGUCCAAGUUACUAGUCCCAACCUGCCAACAACAUCCGCAAGCCGCGAAAUCGAGAAACCCGCGAAAAACACCCUUUGAUUUCUCCUUUUAUUGUCCCUCAAAAUCCUUUCGAAGAUCGAGCCAAAAAUCUCCAAAUUCGAUCAAACGCCCAAAAAAGAAAUAUUUCUUCAAGAAAUUCCAAGUUACUAGUCCCAACCUGACAGCAACAUCCGCAGGCCGCGAAAUCAAAAAACCCGCGAAAAGGCCCCUUUUGAUUUCUCCUUUCACCGACCAAAACAAGGUCUUCAAAAUCCUUUUCACGAUCGAGCCAAAAGUCUCAAAAUGCGAUCGAAGGCCCAAAAAAAGAAAUAUUUCUUUCAAGAAAGUCCAAGUUACUAGUCCCAACCUGCCAACAACAUCCGCAAGCCGCGAAAUCGAGAAACCCGCGAAAAACACCCUUUGAUUUCUCCUUUUAUUGUCCCUCAAAAUCCUUUCGAAGAUCGAGCCAAAAAUCUCCAAAUUCGAUCAAACGCCCAAAAAAGAAAUAUUUCUUCAAGAAAUUCCGAGUUAUUAGUCCCAACCUGACAGCAACAUCCGCAGGCCGCGAAAUCAAAAAACCCGCGAAAAGGCCCCUUUUGAUUUCUCCUUUCACCGACCAAAACAAGGUCUUCAAAAUCCUUUUCACGAUCGAGCCAAAAGUCUCAAAAUGCGAUCGAAGGCCCAAAAAAAAGAAAUAUUUCUUUCAAGAAAGUCCAAGUUACUAGUCCCAACCUGCCAACAACAUCCGCAAGCCGCGAAAUCGAGAAACCCGCGAAAAACACCCUUUGAUUUCUCCUUUUAUUGUCCCUCAAAAUCCUUUCGAAGAUCGAGCCAAAAAUCUCCAAAUUCGAUCAAACGCCCAAAAAAGAAAUAUUUCUUCAAGAAAUUCCGAGUUAUUAGUCCCAACCUGCCAACAACAUCCGCAGGCCGCCAAAUGAAAAAAACCCGCGAAAAACACCCUUUUGAUUUGCCACUGCACCGUGCAAGGCAAAUCUUCAAUCGCCGAAAUUCCCUUUUCGAAGGCCGAGAGAUUUUCGACAAAUUUGGAGAUCUCAAAAUCCCAAAAAUUUGACCGUUUUUUGCUUUUUGUCGGACCUUCUCUGACUGCUCUCUCUGUCGCAACGGUCUCUCGUUCGUCGCAAGUUUGUCUCUCUUGUUUUUCGCUGUUGCGCAACUUCUUUUCACGACCCUCUGUUUUCCUUCGGCCCAUCUCCUCGAUCUCACGCUCUCUCGCCCCUUCCAAAUCGGGCUGCACUGUGCAGUGGUUUUUUGGUUCUCCGAAAUCCGGCCUUUUCUUCGAUUUUUCCUCAAAAAUCGCCAAAAUCGAGAGGACUCCAAAAAGGUUUUUUGCGGCCGAAUUUGGACUUGCACAGUGCGAUCAAGUUGGGAAGUGAGAGUGAGAGAUUUAAAGAGAUGGUCAGGGAUGAAAACGGUCGCGAAAAGAUCAAUGAAAAUAAGGAGAGUCAGAGAUGGGACGAGAGAGCGCUGCGAUCAGAGAGACUAGGUAGAGAAAGUUAGAGACAAACAAAAAUGGAUCGGAUUUGGCCAAAUUUGGCUCGAUUUCAGAAAGGAGAAUUUUUCUCAAAAAAAAAUUUCUACCGCACGGUGCAAUGAGUAUUCGAAGGGUUCUUUUUCGCGGCUUUCUUGAUUCGGCGGCCUGCGCAUGUUGAUGGCAGGUUGGAGAUAAAGCCAUGGAAGUUUUUGGGUUUUGGGCUUUGGAUUGAAUUUUGAUGUUUUUGACUCGACCUUCGAAAGGAUUUUGAGGUCCUUGUUUUGGACGGUGAAAAGAGAAACCAAAAGGGUCGUUUUCGCGGCUUUCUUGAUUUGGCGGCCUGCGCAUUUUGGUGGCAGGUUGGAGAUAAAACCAUGGAAGUUUUUGGGUUUUGGGCUUUGGAUUGAAUUUUGAGGUUUUUGACUCGAUCUUGAAUUGGAUUUUUGAAGAUUUUUUGGGUCGAAGGAGGGAGUAAUCAAAAGGCACCUUUCCGCGGGUUUUUUGAUUUGGCGGCCUGCGGAUUCUGUUGGCAGGCUGGGACUAAUAACUUGGAAUUUCUUGAAAAAAUAUUUCUGUUUUUUAGACUUUUGAUCAAAUUUUGAGAUUUUUGGCUCGAUCUUGAAAAGGAUUUUAGCGGCCUUGUUUUGUUCAAUGAUAAUGAUAUUUGAAGGAAGCCUUUCCGCGGUUUUCUUGUAUUGCGGCUUGCGGGUGCUGUUGGCAGAUUGCGGAUAAUAACUUGGAAGUUUCUUCGAAGAAUUUUUCUUUCUUUUUGAGGUUCGGAUUGGGUUUUGACCAUUUCGGCUUCUUGUCGCUGAGCAAUUUGAGAGUUUUGUUGAUUUUAGGUGACAAAAACGGAUUGAUUUAUACGUUUGGGUAGCAAAAAUAAGAUUUUUAGAUUUUAGAUAAUGGACAGUUGAUUUUAGGUAACAGAUUUUUAAAACUUAAAAUUGAAGCAUUUUUAAGGCCAAAAAUUAAACCUUCGUAUAUUUAAUGUCCAAAAUUAACUAUUCUAACGGUUUGUGUUUCAGACGCCGAGUUCUUCAACAAACAGAUUCUUUUUUGGAAAUUGGUGGAAUCCAAUGGGAGAUCUUUGGCAUCAAUGUUGUGGCAUGGCUUGUUAUCUACUUUGCUAUGUGGAAUGGCAUCACCCACGCUAGAAAGGUAAUGAUUAGGUAUCGAACUUUAAAAAUUUAACAUUUUUAAAUUGAAAAUUUGGCAAAUUUUUCGCCGAAUCUUGAACUCGAAUAACUUUUUAGUUUAUCUACUUUUGUGCUAUUUUCCCGUACUUUGUGAUCGCUAUCCUGAUUGGCCGUUCGAUAACCUUGGAAGGAUCACUUACAGGAUUGGCCUAUUAUUUGCUGCCAGAUCUAAAGUCGCUUUGGUCGAUAAAUCUGUGGAAGGAUGCUGGAACGCAAGUGUUUUACUCGUAUGGUGUUGGCUUUGGCACAUUGAUUGCUUUGGGAUCUCAUAACAAGUUCAAUCAUAAUUGUUAUAGGUAUGUUAACAUUUUUUUUGUUUUUUAUUUCUUAUUUAUGUUUUUUAGAGAUACGUUGAUGUUGUGCUUCAUCAAUCUUAUGACUUCAUUUUUGGCUGGUAAGUAGACAACAUUUACGACGAUAGUUUUUGUCAAAUUUUAAUUGUCUUUUUGUAUUAAAGUAGCUUAAAUUGUUUAUGGCACGAAAUUACACUUAUGUCUUUAAAUUAAAAAAUAUUUUGUUUCAGGACUAGCCAUUUUUGGAAUGUUAGGACACAUGGCAUUUAAGACAGGAAAAGAGAUUGGAGAAGUGGUCAAGCCUGGUCUAGGCCUAACUUUCAUCGUGUAUCCAGAAACAGCGACGUUUAUUCCAGGAAAGCAGUUUUGGGCCCUGCUAUUUUUUGUAAUGAUUAUUAUCCUGGGUUUUGAUAGUCAAGUAUGUAUGGUGGAAGGUGUUUAUACAGGAUUGGCGGAUAGAUUUCCGAUUUUGCAGAGAUACAGAAAAAUGUCACUGUUGGCGUUUUGUGUGUUUUAUUUUGUCAUUUCUAUUCCUAUGAUGACUUACGUGAGUUUUGGACGGUUGUACGUUGAGGGAGGAGGGUAAUUUAGUUUUUUUGGGUGGGAGGGUGGUCAAAUUUUAAAUUUUUUGAAAUUUAAUUAUGUAAUUAUUUAUUUAAAUUAAAAUGUGUAAUUGUUUAUUUUCAGGCAGGAGUACACUGGGUGAAUGUAGUAGACUGUUACGGUGCCGCUGGCUACGCUUUGCUAUUUGUCGUGUUUUUUGAAAUUAUGGGAAUAGCGUGGGCAUUUGGAGCUGACAGAGUAUAUGCGUGUAUGUACGAGAUGACUGACAAGUAUAUUUGUAAAGGAUGGGUAUGGUUGUGGAAGUUCACAUCUCCUACGGUAGCUGCGGUAAGUUUUUUUUAUUAGUUACAAGAAGCUGAAGGCAAAAUAGUUAUUUGGUACAUUUUUUAACAAUUUUAGGUUCUAUUCUUUGUAUGCCUGGCAUUUUACCAGCCGUUGAAGUACGACAGCGGUAAAAGUUAUGAGCUCAUUCCGCAAAUUUUUGGAUUUGCCAUAUCUGGUUGCUCAAUGAUUUGUAUUCCUGUUUAUGCCAUUUACUACAUGUUCUUCAAGAAAAUCCGUCUCAACAGAAAGGAGGUGGGGUUGGACUUUUUUUAUUAACUUUUGCCAUUUUAAGCUUAUUUUUAACGCAUUAACCUAAGCUUUUCUUUUGCUAUUUUAAAUAAUCUUUUUUAAGCCUGAAACAGUUUAUAAGCAAAAAGAAUCAGUAGGCAUAAAUUUUUGACGUAUUAAGCCUAAACACUUAACACUAAGCCUAAUUUUAUUAUUUUUUAGAGACUAAGGAGAGGAGUCCGGAUUCCAAAAGAGUUUGUGCCAGUUCACACUCCACCUUACGCCGAUGACAUGAGCUCAUCGGACACGAAACAAGUUCCAAUUCACGAAUAUAAUCGACAAAAACGGCUAAAGAGGCGUUCGGAAAGCAGUACUGAUACCAACAAGAAGAUUGCAAGUGAACCAUCAAGCAGCAGUGAUACCCUCGCUGGUCAAAAUGAAGCAGAUAUUGUUGGUAAAAGAAAUGAUGGUCGACAAGAUGAUAAGAACGAUAAGCUUAAGGCUAAAGAUAAUGCUAAAGAAGGUGACAAGAAGGAUGAUAAAAAUGGUGAUACAAAGGAUGAUAAAGAACAAAAACAGAAAGAAAAGCCUAAAGAUGAGAAGAAGCCAGAAGUCGACCCGGACCUUGUAGAAGUCAAAGAAAACACUGUAAGCGAUCAAGAUCGUCAAGGGGUUAUCAACAUACGCUCGGAUAGAAAGAUAACUCCAGAGGAGAAACCGGAAGAUUCAGAAUCAAAAAACAAAGCACCAAAACCAUCCACUAAAAGCUCGAAUACCUCGAAAUCCAAGGAAAAACGGAAAAGCGACAAUUCUGAAAGUACCUAA